AUGCUUUGCGCGAAAGCUAGCUUGGCCCGUGCACCAGUGUUGCCAGUCGCGGUGAGGGGUCUAUCACAGUCCUCGUUUCACUCGUCAGCAGUGCAAGGAAAGGAUAAGGUUGUUAUUCUUGGUUCAGGAUGGGGAGGUUAUGAAGUUCUGAAGGGGAUAGACAAAUCGCGUUACGAUGUGACUAUGGUAUCGCCCAAUACGUACUUCAAUUUCACCCCCUUGCUUGCGAGCUGUGCGGUCGGAUCAUUAGAAUACCGCUGUGCCCUUGAGCCGGUACGGAGAUAUACACCUCAAGUUAAAUCAUACCAAGCCUGGUGUGAUGCCAUAGAUUUCAAGUCCAAGGCACUCACAUGUAUGCCCGCAACCCCUGCUCUCCCCGGCGAACAGAGCACCGCGCCCCGUGCUGACGCUACCACCACCGCAUACCCCGGCACUGGCACCCCCUUCAGUAUUCCGUACGAUAAGCUCGUCAUUUCAGUUGGAGCGUACUCGCAGACCUUCGGAAUACCUGGAGUGAAAGAACACGGAUACUUCCUGAAGGACAUCAAGGAUGCUCGGUCUAUCAGAACGAGGAUCCUGGAAUGUUUCGAACAAGCCAAUGAGCCCCUUCUCUCUGAUGAGGCCCGUAGAGAUAUAUUGCACUUCUGCAUUGUCGGCGGAGGCCCCACCGGUAUCGAGUUUGGCGCGGAGCUGCAUGAUCUCCUGAAUGCAGACAUAAAGAAACACUAUCCGCACCUUGCACCCCUGGCGAGGAUCUCACUGUAUGACGUAGCGCCGAAGAUUUUAAGUAUAGUCAUGCGUAGGUACGCGGUGAAAGCUUUCAAGAGAGAGGGGAUCGACAUCUUCACGAGCCACCAUGUGGAAGGGGUAGAGGCUGGCAGGAUUUUCGUGAAGGAGCAGGGCGAAGUCCCAUUCGGUUUACUCGUCUGGAGCACAGGGCUCUCGCCCAACCCGUUGAUAGAAACUAUAACCGAGGCUGUGAAACAUCCCAAGACUGGGAGUGUGAUCACGGACGACCACUGCCAGCUCCUCAUGAAGCCCUCGAAAGAAGGCGACGCGCCCGUGCCCAACCCAGAUGUGUGGGCUGUUGGUGAUGCUGCCAUGAUCCAGGGGAUUAUGCUUCCCGCAACAGCGCAGGGUAUCGUUUGCACUAAAGUCGCCAACCAGAAGGGUAAAUACGUGGCCAAGAAUCUCAAUAGGAUGCUUGAGAGCCAGGACGUCUCGCGACCGUUCAAGUGGAAGAACAUGGGCACGCUUGCGUAUGUUGGCGAAGACCAUGCCUUGUAUGACCGGACAAAAGCUGCGAAGGGACCUAAACCGAAGAAGGCUGGCAGGCUGGCGUGGCUGCUUUGGCGGUCCGCUUAUGUUAGCAUGGCGCUGAGUACGAGGAACAAGAUUUUGAUUCCUACCUUCUGGUAA